AAGAAUCGGACUUCAGAACUACAAGUCGCUGCAAGCAUACAGGAAAGCAUUCGCGAAGGGCAUAGCUGGUUGAGCACAUUGUCAAAGUUAUGACUAAGUGUCGAUCUCCGAUGGCCUUUCCAGUGACAAUGACGUGCUUCAUGUUUUUGGCAGCAAUUUGUUUACCUUCGGUAAAUGGAGCUCGUCAACUUACUACUCUUCCUGCUCUUCCACCGCUCCCGUCUCUUCCACCGCUCCCGUCACUUCCUCCGCUCCCAACGCUUCCUCCUCUGCCAACUCUGAAAUCGUAUCUUCCGACGCUUCCUCCUUUGCCAACAAUUGCUACUCAUCUGCCAUCGCUUCCUCCCCUCCCCACUAUUCCUUCUCGCUUCCCGAAGCCUCCUCCUUCGUCUUAGUCUGAAUCAAAUUCUGGCCUAGCACUGCCAGUCCUCUAUCUGCACAUCUUCGUGCAGCUCACAUCCGGGUGUUCUUUGUGUUUUCAGCUCUUACGGGAAUAAUCCAUACCCUUUUAUCUGUCUCCAUCUUGCACAGUCUUGACGAAGGUGCACUGUGCCCUGUGACUAUCUAAGUGCAUUCUGCCUCCAACAUCAGAACCUUCUAUGGAGGGGCUGGAGGUUGUCAAGCAUCAUGGUCACUUCGUGAAUUGAAAUUAUGUGCUCGUAUAUUCUUACUACAGGAUGUCUACUACAGUUUAUACUGAUGCGUCAAGGCAUCCAGCAACCGAUAUAUUCGAAGCACGCCGCACUCUCCUCUCACUUCUGUGUAGGAAUCUACAAUAAGCGCUAAUUCUGGAAAUCUGGACCCGAUCGGAAACAUCCUUCAUUCUCUUGGCAACAUAGACUCCAACAUGAUGUGCCUGCGUGAGAUUAACAAGCAGUGUAGAGAUAUGCUCACGGCGAUGGUACCGAAGCAAUGGUAAUGAAUAAUCAAUAUUUCCUGGAGUCUACCGAUCAGUGAAGCCUUCAUCUUCCUACCGCGAGACAUGUGUAGGUGGAGAUAGCUUGGGGGUUUUCUGUGAAAAUAUUUUUCCUCAUGAAACGCCUAACUUGUUUCGUACCCAUUCUUUAUCAAGCAAUAAAGACCAAAUUUAC